AUGGGACGAGCUGAGCAGAAGGCUGAUGUGCUCGUGAAGGACCAGAGCCCGGGUGAUGUUAAAAAUGAGGUUUCAAGCAGACCUGAGGAUGCACAUUCGUUUCGGCUGCUGAGUGCCGAAGACAAGCAUGGUUUCAUGCUUUUGGUCCUGCUGUACAUGCUGCAGGGCAUACCUGUGGGCCUAGCAUUCGGCACUAUGCCAUUUCUCCUCAAGUCGUAUGUGGGGUAUUCACAGCUAGGCAUAUUUAUGCUGAGCACGUAUCCGUAUUCACUCAAGCUGCUAUGGAGCCCCAUUGUCGACAGUUUGUUUGUGAGUGCUUGGCGCAUCCCUUGCACAAAGUUGGAAUUAUCUCUUGGACGGCGAAAGAGCUGGAUUGUGCCGAUCCAGCUAAUUGUUGGUAUUACUUUUCUGGUGAUAUCGUAUCAGAUCGAUGCACUGCUGGAAAAUGCCGAGACGUCCAUAUACUUGAUUACUCUGGUAUUCUUUGGUCUGAUUGUGCUCGCGGCGACACAGGACAUUGCCGUGGAUGGAUGGGCACUAACACUCUUAUCGGAAGAGAACGUCGGCUUUGCAUCGACGGCGCAAACGAUCGGAAUCAAUGUCGGCUAUUUCAUGAGCUUUACCGUAUUCUUGGCCCUCAACAGUGUGGAAGCAUGCAACAAGUACCUCCGCUUUCGCCCACAAAGCACGCCAAUUUUGACGUUUCCAGCCUACCUGCAAUUGUGUGCAGCGGCAUUUAUUCUGAUUACCCUCUGGUUGCUAUUCUUCCAAAAAGAAAAGAAAGAAGAGAACAACAUGGACAUUGUCAAAGCGUAUGCGACGAUCUGGAAAAUCGGCAAGCUCCGACAUGUGCAGCUUCUCCUAAUCAUCCAUAUGAUUUGCAAAAUCGGCUACCAGGCGAACGAUGCCGUCACAGGGCUCAAGCUCGUUGAGCGUGGGCUUGGCAAAGAAGACUUGGCAUUCGCUGUGCUGAUUGAUUUUCCAUUCCAGCUCUUGUUCGGCUACCUAACAGCUACAUGGUCAAAAGGGAACAAAGCGCUGCGGCCCUGGAUGAUUUCGCUCUUUUUCCGCCUAUUCUUCUCGGUGGUGAAUAUGGGGAUUGUGGCCGGCAUGCCGCAGGAUGGCAGCGAAGUUAGCACGUCGUACUUCUUGUUGAUUGUCUUGACGACUGUGUUGAACAGUUUUGCGGGCACGGUGCAAUUCGUCGGUGUGUCAGCCUUCCAUACCCAGAUCUCAGACCCGAUCAUUGGCGGCACGUACAUGACUCUCCUCAAUACCGUCAGCAAUUUGGGUGGCACAUGGCCGCGGUACUUUGUCCUCAAGAUGGUCGAUUAUUUCGGUGUGUCGAUGUGCCGCCCACCUGUGGGUGUGGACAUGGAUAAGGUCGAGAAUGUUCUCGGUCAAGCGAAUGCCUCACUCUCACUAGGCGAAUGCAAAUCGGAUGCAGGCAUGAAACAGUGUCAGUCUGUCGGUGGCUCAUGUGUUUUGGUACGUGAUGGCUACUUUGCCACAAGCACGAUUUGUGUGACAGUGGGACUAUGUACGCUACUUUUGUUUAUCAUGCCUGUGUGUCGGUACUUGCAGCGUAUUCCUCCUGCUGAAUGGCAUGUCGUGUCCCAAAAUCAAAAAAGACAUUGA